AUGGCGGGACGCUCACAGGUGGCAGCUCCGCCUGCAUCAGCACUGCCAAGCAAGUUUCGGCUGAUCGUGGCAGAUGGAUCCAUCAGUGGAGGAUCCAUCAUGCAGAUGCUGGAGCUGCCUCUGCCGCUGACCAUGGGCAAGAUUGCCGCCUUACUGGAGAGUAAGCCCGCGUUCCGGUUUAAGGAGCUUUGCGAGCAGAAAGGCGUCACAUCUUUGGACGUCCAGAUUCGUCUCCAAGGUUUGGAUGGUCAGAGAAGGUGCCCCCUGCACACUGACGAAGACAUUGAAGUCUUCCUGAACAAUCUACAGAUCAGCAAAAUUCCAGUGAUAGAGGCCCAGCUGCCACAGGAAAGUUCGCUGGCAAUAGCGUCAGAGCACCACCAGCGCGGUGUGCAAGCUGGCAGGCAGCGUGGCCGAGAUCCGCGGGAUCAGAUCGAGGAGCUCGAGGAUGCCAACUUCAAGCUCACCCGGGCAACUGACCGCGUGGAACGCAGACUUGCAGAACUGGAGCGGCUGAUCGCCACCACUGAUGAAAGGACCGAGAGAACGGUCGGCAUAGCACGCCGUGAGAUGAACGAAGUGCUGGACAAAGCACUUCAGGAUGUGAACCAGAAGAUAACAGGUCUGAAGGAUGACGACGCAGCCAUCCUUCGCGACCUUGACGAAGUCAGGCAACACAGCAACUCCGUGAAGCAGCUGGAUGCAAAGCACCACAAGGAGAUCCUGGACCAACUCGAUGCCUUUGGUCUUCGGGUGGAUGAGCAGUUUGAUGAGGUCAAUGCCAGCCUCGACAAGCUACAGGAGGAGGACUACCGCCUGGACACGGAGGCGCAAGCGACAAAGGAGGAUCACAGGAUACAGCUCGAAUCUCACCUGGAUGAGCUGCAGAGAUUGGAGGAGGCCAAGGUGAGCGUGAACCUGUGGCAAUCAGAGGGCAACGCAAUGGCCGAAAGGAUCACAAAGGACGUGGAAUCCUUGAAGGAGCAGAUGAAAGAGGAACUGGCCGACCUGAACACGCGCUUCGGAAAUGAGUGUGAACUGACCACUCAGAGACUGACGAAGGAGCAGUCGGAACGAGUAGCACGGGACGACAUGUUGGACAGGACCCUACAAGAGACCACCAGCCGCUUGGAUGCGGAGUUGGUCAGGCUCGACAGCGACACUCAGGACAAGUUCAAAGAGGCGAGGGAUGCCUUGGAGGACACUCGCCAAUCACUGUCCACCACCUUCCAAACUCAGGUGUCUGAACUAUCCGAAAGAACUGACAAACACUUCGACCAGCUAGAGCACACCGUCGAGCACAAGGAUGAGAAGAUCCACACGCGCGUGGACGAGCUAACAGCCAAAAGCGAGGCCACUUUUCAAAGUAUUGCUGAGCGAAUGGAUGCGAUGGUACAAGAAGAGCGGGCGAGGCUGGGUCAGCUCAACCAAGACCUGUCCGAGAGUGUCAUCAAAGUUCGUUCGGACUUGCAUUCGGCGAUAGAGCGAGUCAGGACAGACUACGAAGAAGAAGCAGCACGUUUAGACGCAGACUUGGGCGACUUGCACAUGAAGUACGAUGUGGCCAAGCAAGAAAUCAACUUCUUCCAAUCUAAGCUGAAGGAACAGCGCGACUGGACAGAGAAGUGCCUCGCAGAAAGCGGGUCUGUAACUCGAUCAGCAGCCCUGGAGUCUCAGGAAGGCUUGGCAGCUACAACGAAGAUGCUACAUGCUCUUCGAGACGAUGCUGUCAGUUUCCGUGAGAAGAUGGCUAAAUACAUCAGCAUUUUGCAGCACUCGUCUGAUCAGCAGGGUGAAGCCCUCAAUUCGCUGGAGCUCAACCGCACGUCGAUGAGGGCAGAACUGGACGCGCUGCUCAAGGACCAUCAGGAAUACACUGGUGACAUGGAUAGCUGGGCGAAGGACACCAAUGUCCAGGUUGAGAGACUCUUCCGCGCACUUGAGCCGACAAAGGUUGAAUGGAGAAUAGAGAGGGCCAUGCACAAGUCGAAGGAGCUCAGAAAGCCUCUGGCUUUGAAGUCUUCCGCCUUCGGCAUCAAAGGCAUUCAGGAGGGCUUUAUGGAGUUCUACCCUGAAGGGAACAACAACUCGCCAGAGGGCAAGGCGGUACUGCGCCUCUACGUUCCACCUCAGGCCCACGUCCGCUACCAGUGUUGGGUUGGCAAAGACUCGGACGGCGCGAAAGAGCGAGCUCCGUCGACAGACACGUUAUAUGUGGACAUGUUCCUCUCAGACUGGGAGGACCAGCUCACGGAGGAGGGUGCAAUACUCGUGCUGUUGGAGGUGCUGAGGGACUACAACAACGAUGAUGCGUCCUUGUCCAGGGAGAUCCGCAUCAACAGCGCUUAA